AGUUGUCUUUCCUAAAACUUAAUCGAAGGUUGGCGGGAGAUAUGCUAUCGUUUGCUUCACUGCAGCUGAUUCUUACUGACAGUCGUCUGACAACCGGCACGGAGACUGUAACGAGUUAUUCCAAUCAUCUCGCACACACGCGUUAGAAAUGUGCAUAGUGACGUGAUACGUGCAAAGUUAUUUGUGAAAGAAAAAUACUUCAGAUUGUGUUUUGCAUACAGGUAUGAUUCAUAUGCAUAUGAAUCGAGGGACGGCAUAGAAGACAUAACUUUUAUACGGAUAACGUCUGCAUCCCUCUCGGUUAUUACAAUGAUGAAAAAGUGUUGCCCGUGUUCGUGUCUUUCUGGAUUUAGGGCCGUAUUCAGGCCCCAACAUAUCAGAUCUUUGCAGACGCCACGACCGCCUUCAACCACUGCCCCCGGGGAAGAUUUUGGCGUUCCAGUAUUGACGGUUCAUGAUGUAGAUCCUUGCAUUGAAGAGAACGGCGAGAAUCAUCGGACAUCCAGAUACGAGCUGAUGACUCGUCGAGAUGACAGAGCGAGACUAAUUGUCAGACGUGGUCAGGAAUUUUAUCUGCAUCUCAGCCUAUCUCGAGACUAUAUUUCUUCCAUCGAUGGGAUUUCUAUCGUCUUCACUCUGGACGGCAUCGAAAGGCCGCAAUAUGGACAUGGGACACUGGUGGCAACCGCUCUGCUCAAUCCUGGAGAGAUUUCCGAAGCUGCUUGGCAGACCACUAUUGACGCUAGAGGACAAAAUUUUUUAAGGAUAAAGGUUGUACCAUCCGCAAAUGCGAUUAUAGGCAAAUGGAAAAUGGAGAUCGAUACUAAGAACAAGGAAACUGAAGGAGCUGUCAGUUACACGAUGGAUCAUCUAUUUUAUUUAAUUUGUAAUCCAUGGUGCGAAGACGAUGUGGUUUACUUGGAGAAUGAGGAUGAACGUCAGGAAUACGUACUGGCGGAGGAUGGUUUAAUUUGGCGCGGAAAUCGUAACCGUUUGCGACCCACCGUGUGGAAGUACGCGCAAUUCGAGCGAGAUAUUUUGGAUAGCGCUUUGCACCUGAUGAAUCAAGUCGGCAAGGUUCGAGUUUCCGGCAGAAACGAUCCCGUUGUCAUAACGCGUUGUUUAUCAGCCGCGGUGAAUUCCCCCGAUGACAAUGGGGCAGUGAUGGGAAAUUGGUCGGAUGAUUACGAGGGUGGCACACCACCUACGAGGUGGAUGGGCUCGCAAAAAAUACUCCAGGAAUAUUACAAAACGAAGAAACCGGUCAAGUACGGACAGUGCUGGGUCUUCUCCGGCGUGUUGGCGACAGUUUGUCGCACUCUCGGUAUACCUUGUCGAGUGGUGACUAAUUACUCGAGCGCUCAUGAUACUCAGAGCAGUCUGACCGUGGAUUAUUUUGUGAAUGCUGAAGGCAAGAUCAUGGAGGAGCUUAACAGCGAUUCGAUAUGGAAUUUCCACGUCUGGAACGAGGUGUGGAUGAAACGAUUAGACUUGUCGCCAGAUUGUUCGGGAUGGCAAGCGAUCGAUGCCACUCCUCAGGAAUUGAGCGAAGGAGCGUAUCGUUGUGGACCAGCCUCCGUGACCGCCGUGAAGAAGGGCGAAGUUCUACGUCCCUAUGAUAACGCGUUCCUCUUUGCCGAGGUAAAUGCUGACAAGGUUUUCUGGCGUUACAACGGGCCUACACAGCCCUUAAAACUAAUUCGCAAAGAUAUGUAUGGCAUCGGCCAAUUGAUUAGCACAAAAGCGGUUGGGAAGUGGGCGAGAGAGGACAUCACGCACACUUACAAAUAUCCAGAAAGUUCUGAUGAAGAACGUGCUGCCAUGUUGAAGGCGCUGCGUCAAAGCGAGUCUUUAUUUAGCCGUUAUUAUCUUAACGAGGAGUUCAACGACAUCAUGUUCACUUUUGAGCUGCGCGAUGAUAUCAUAAUCGGACAACCAUUUAGUGUUGUACUAUUGAUUAAAAAUCGGAAUUCGAUGAUGGAAUAUCGCGUGUCCGUAAUUCUGAGAGUGGAGACUGUCAUGUAUACCGGUCGGGUGGGCGAACCGGUGAAGAGAUUGCACGUCGAUAGAUUAGUCCGACCAGGAGUGCUCGAGGAAAUUCGCAUGGACGUUUCUUGGGAGGAAUACGGACCAAGAUUGUUAGAUCAAUGCGCCUUCAACAUCGCUUGUCUCGCUACCGUAAAGGACACGAACUUCGAGUAUUUCGCGCAGGAUGACUUUCGCGUCAGGAAACCCGACAUUAAAAUCACGUUGCAUAGUGAUGCAAUCGUGGCUCAGACUCUUAAUGCCUCGGCCAAGUUUCGCAAUCCACUACCAAUUCCUCUGAAGAAGGGUGUGUUCCUUAUCGAAGGACCUGGUCUGGACGAGCAGUUGAAGUUGAAACUAUCAGAGCCCGUUGAGGUGGACGCGGACGCAGAAUGUACCUUCUCCAUGAUACCGAAGUUAGAAGGACGUGCCAGGAUAGCGGCGAAAUUUUAUUCGAAGGAAUUAGAGGAUGUUGAUGGACAUUCGAAUAAUUUUAUAGUCAAAUCAGCAAAAAUAGUCAGUGAUUAUGAGUGACUGCGACAUUCUCGAAGAUACUUUAUUUCUUGAGGAUAAUAAUUUAACAUGUCGUUCUUAUAUUUUUACAUAAUUUAUAUACAUACUAAUGGCGUAAUAAUAAUUUUUCAGUGAAUGCAAUAAAAAAGUAUUAAUUGUUG